GAGGGGCUGGGAGCCGGUUUGGAUGCGCGCGCAAAGGAGGAACUGGGAACUUCCUUUUCUACUUGCAAGGUUCACCAAGAUCAGAUGAGACGUUAUAAGCAGCUCCGCCUAACAGCCAGUGACUGUGAGGCUCUGAACCAGAGUCCAGAAGGGGCCUCAUCCUUGACACAGCCUUUGGGGCAAAGGCGGUCAGGUGGGCAAGACGUCAACAAAGGCCUCUACCCGACUUUCCGGAUUAAGAAGCGUCCCAGAGUCUCAGUUGGAGAAGCAGGCCACCAAAGGAGCAUCACUGACUACUUCCAGAGUAAAACUCAUCCAUCAACAUCCGCAGCUGACAUGGCAAAAGGUGAUGAAAUCAAAGGGAAGGAAAAAGACUCUCUGGAAUCCUUUUUUGCUCUCAGUGACUGCUUAGACCCAGAGGAUUCCUGCUCUGUUCUCAGGGGCAAAGAGGACUCGGCCCUGGCAACUUCCAGAAAACGGCGGCGUUUCUCCCUGAGCCCCAACAUCCAGCCCAUGGACCAUGGCCAGUGGGACCAAGAUGAGAAACCUGAGCAGCCCCCGGAUGACAGAAACAUUAAGCAGGAAGUUGACAAUGUGGAGAUUGAACCUCUCCCUGAUGCCCGUUUUGGGCUCUUGGGGACUACAUGUUGGGAGGUGCCCCAAGGACACAUUGAUCAGCUGCCUGACGAGGUCCUCAGGGAAAUCUUUGCCCUCGUGCCUGCUGUUGAUCUCUACCAGAGCCUCAGCCUGGUGUCUUGUCGUUGGCGACGGAUCAUCUCUGACCCACAGUUUAUCCCUUGGAAAAAACUAUACCACCAGUACUUGAAGGCUGAGACUCAGGCAACAUUGACUGUUAAGGCAAUCCUACAGCGGUAUGGCUUAACCCAAGAGCAGAACCAGUGCAUGCUGGGAUUUAUACGGUGUGUUGCUUCCAUCAAGAGCCAUUGCUGCCGGGACCCUGAAGCCAUCCUCAGGUGUUUGAAAAGCCACUCUCUGUUUCCCAAGGCAGAAAUCUGCAUCACCAAGAGGCUGCCUGAUCUGGAAAGCCCCAAAGCAGGAACUCCAUAUGUUUGGGCCGUGAUGUCCGCCAUUGUGCUGCUCUCCGGAGGCGUCUCUGACAUCCAGGAGCUGGUGGCUUGUCUUAGGAGACCCACCUCCACCCUCUCGCUAAUGGACAUCCUGGAUGCUUUGUAUUGCAUGGCCGUUGUGCUUUACGCCAUGCGGGAGAAUAAAGUUUGCAUCAGUAACAGGAUUCACUACAGCAUUUUCUACUGCCUCUACCUCCUGGAGAAUACUAACUGCGGCGCAAUGGUCAUCAAGCCAGAAUUGUGCAGCUCCGGAUACGAAAGAGACCUUACGUGCAGCAAACCUGGUAUACAGCUCACUUGUGAACAACGACAGAUCUUAAAUCAUGCCAUUGCGCCAAGACAAGUUGUAAAAAUCAUGGCUUUUGCAGGCACUGGGAAGACAUCCACUCUGAUCAGGUACGCGGAGAAGUGGUCCAACCUCAGAUUCCUGUAUCUGGCAUUCAACAAGACCAUUGCGUUGCAAGGGGCUCAGGUCUUCCCCCGAAAUGUGACGUGCAAGACAGUCCACUCCUUGGCCUUUUCGGAAGUCGGCAAGCUCUACAAGCAGAAGCUAAAUGCUGGCUCGCUGACAUCCUACUGGAUCAGCUUUGCUCUCCGCAACCGUGAGGGGCAGUCUCCGUACAUAAGAGCCAAGACAGUUGCUCAGACCCUCACAACGUUUUUUGCUUCUGCUGACGAGACCAUUACUUUGGAGCACACGCCCAUCUGGUGCAAGGACAACAAGGGCCAGAAGGUUCUCGUGCGGGAAGAGGAGAAGAGAGUCAUUGUUGAAGAAGCAAAGCAAAUAUGGGCCAAUAUGAAAAUGCUCAGCCCAACCAGGGAGAUGGCAUACAAGAUGAGCCACGAUGGGUACUUGAAGCUCUGGCAGCUUCAGAAGCCUUCUCUUUCCUACUAUGACGCCAUCUUCGUGGACGAGGCCCAAGACUGCACCCCUGCGAUCAUGGACGUCGUCCUUUCCCAGCAGUGUGGCGUGGUCUUAGUAGGAGACCCGCACCAGCAGAUCUACACCUUCCGGGGCGCUGUCAACGCUAUGUCUGAAGUGCCUCACACCCACAUCUUCUACCUCACGCAGAGUUUCCGGUUUGGUCCCGAAAUAGCUUACGUUGGUGCUACCAUUCUGGAUGUCUGCAAGAAAGUUCGAAAUAAGACAUUGGUGGGCGGCAACCAGGAGGGUGAUGUCAGCGGGGUUGGCGUGACGGGAAAAGUGGCUCGCCUGUCCCGGUACAACCUAACUGUCUUCGAGGAUGCCGUGAAUGUUACCAGUGGAGAACUACCGGCUAAAAUACACUUGCUUGGGGGGCUUACAGCCUUUGGCCUUGACAAACUUCAUGAUAUCUGGAAGCUCCUCCAUCCUGAAUUGAAACUCGAAGUGAAGGACCCCUUUUUGAAGAGGUGGGUUGAGAAGGGCUUUGCAGGCAUCAAGGACUACGCAGUAAAGGCUGAAGAUAAGCAGCUGGAGAUGAAGAUUGCGAUAGUGGAGAAAUACAGAGACCGCAUUCCGGAGCUGGUGGAAAGAAUAUCACGAUGUCAUGUGCUUGCUCCAGAGACUGCAGAUUAUGUCAUGGGGACCGUACAUAAGGCCAAAGGGCUGGAAUUCGACACUGUCCAAGUAGCUCAUGACUUUGUGAGUGGUAUGAGUGUCCCUUUUGCCCGGCACGGUCUGGAGAGGAUGCCUGUUUUCCAUACCGAUGUGAUCCCCGAUGAUGAAUGGAACUUGUUGUAUGUUGCCGUCACCCGUGCCAAGAGACGCCUCAUCAUGCCAAGAUUUCUAACCCAUCUUCUGACACUGGCUGGGGAGUACUAUUUACGGCCUGAAUUAACUAGCGAAGUCUGCAAGGAGGCGACGGUUUGGUGCUCAGCGCGGGGCUGCUGCAACUCCAUCCCCGGCGAAUCUCUCCUCACCAUGAAGAAAAUGCCUUUUGUUUACAGUGACGGCACCAAAGAUCCCGAGGGCUUCCUUUGCCACUUCUGCGUGCAACAGCGCCUGGGACCUCUGGUGUGGCUGACCGUGACUCCUGAGGUGGUGGAGAUGAUGGACUCUCCAGAAGAAGUCUUCGAGAUCCCGCAGAAUGUCCGGAUCCUCUUUGAAUGGUUUUGAAUUGGAGAAGGCUGUGCUGGGGGGGAUUACAUUUUGACUGGGAGAGUACUUUUUUUUAAAAAAAAACAACACGCCAAACAAAUGAAAGACUGCGGAUGAGAAUGCGAUUUUGUUAGAAAUGGCUUCUCCAGGCGCUUCCUGGUAGAACUCGGUUGGCGUGAGCCAAGGAGAGCAAAGGAAAAGAACAGUCUGUAGAAAUGUUAUUGAUCAAUCAGGAGUUUGGCAUACCUCUUUGCAGUGUUUUUGGGGGGAGAGGCAAGCUUGUUUUGCCUUCACCCUCCAAGUUGCUGUUGUCGGACAUGAGAUACCCCUGCUAGUUCUUCCAUGUACAUGUAACUACCAACUUGUGCCUGUUGGUGCCAUGUGGCAUAGGUGGAGCUUGAUGGGGAAUGUGGUUAGGAUUUUGUAGCAUAAUGGCCAAUGUAUUACUCAUCUUGCACUGAUAUUUUAUUUGUUUCAUUUUAUUUAUUUGUUUCAUUUAUAAACCGCCCAUAGCAAAUAGCUCUCUGGGCGGUGUACAAAAAGGUAGGGAUUGGGAUGUCUUGGGAUGAGAUUCAGAGGCCAAAGGAUGCUGCUCACUCCUAUAGCAGAAGGCCUAGCUUGCCAGUAGCACAGGGAUAGCCAACAUGGUGCCCUCCAGAUGUAGCUGGACUGCAACUCCCCAUCAUACAAGUUGGCUUGGGCCCGUGGGAGUUGUAGUCGAAAACGUCUGGAGGACACCACAUUGGCUCCGCCUGCACGACCAGGGUUGCUUCUUCCAAGUUAUUCCACGAGGCUGUGCUACUUGCUUUAUUUUUAUUUUUUACCUGGGAAUGUGAUACUUCCAGAACAGCACCUGUGAGCAAGAUUAAGAUUCCUGGCCAGAUUCUGCUCAGAUUCAGUUCUAGAAAGGUUACAUAAAGCAUCCAAGUUUUCCCCACCAUGUUUUUCAAGUCUCCAAAUUGGGGGUCUUGCUGGUACCUGCAUUUUACCUCUGAAGUGUUUGGGGUUGCUUUUUGAAAUUACAAAAAAAUGUUUCUUUCCAAAGAGGAAUCUUGAGCCAUAAAUUGCAGCAUUUAGGGCAGAACUAUGCAGUGCAAGGAACCUGCGGCUCCUGCCCCAUGCAGCAGACCUGUGUCAGCCUUGCUUUUUCUCCAUGUUGAAUGGGACAACUUAGGCUGAAUCCUGAUGUCCAUUACAGUGUGUGUGUUUUCUUCUUCCCCCAUCAUCAUCAGCCAAUCAGGUAGAGGGGGAUAUCCGGAAACACGCAGCUUGAUGAUGUCAAGUUGUACCAAGUGCUGCAGAGGAGUGUGUGAGUGUGUGUGUGAGUGAGAGUGUGAGUGUGUGAGAGAGUGUGAAUGAGUGUGAGUGUGAGAGUGAAUGUGAGAGAGUGAGUAUGAGAGCGAGAGAGUGUGAGAGCGUGUGUGUGUGAGAGAGUGUGAAUGAGUGUGAGUGUGAGAGUGAAUGUGAGAGAGUGAGUGUGAGAGCGAGAGAGUGAGAGCGAGGAGAGUGUGUGUGUGUGAGAGAGUGAAUGAGUGUGAGUGUGAGAGUGAAUGUGAGAGAGUGACUGUGAGAGCGAGAGUGUGAGAGCGAGGAGAGUGUGUGUGUGUGAGAGAGUGUGAAUGAGUGAGUGUGAGAGUGAAUGUGAGAGUGAGUGUGAGAGCGAGAGAGUGAGAGCGAGGAGAGUGUGUGUGUGAGAGAGUGUGAAUGAGUGUGAGUGUGAGAGUGAAUGUGAGAGAGUGUGUGAGAGCGAGAGAGUGUGAGAGCGAGGAGAGUGUGUGUGUGAGUGUGAAUGAGUGAGUGUGAGAGUGAAUGUGAGAGAGUGAGUGUGAGAGCGAGAGAGUGUGAGAGCGAGGAGAGUGUGUGUGUGUGAGAGAGACAUAUGUGCUCUUGGUAGUAGCAUCUAAACUUGCCCUUAGGCAUUACUGUCUUAAUUUGGGAUGUGUAUCCUGUAUAAUCUUUCAGUGUGCCUGUGACGCCCCCUGCCCAUAGUUUCACACAAUCUUAAUGAAUGUGCUUUUAUAUAUUUGAGUCUUGUCCAUGAGCCUCCCGCUUGGACACCUUGGAGCCAAGCUUUUAGGAAGCUAAACUUUUUUUAAAAAAUUGUGUUUGCAGGUGGGAAGGGGGAAUCAAACAAGGGUGGCUUUUGUGAUCAAUGUCAGAGAUAAGGAGGGAAAUGUACUUUUUAAAAAAUACAGAAUUCUUUAUUAGAAUAAAAUAGCGAUAUAUACGAAUGCUGAGAAAUGGGUUAAUGAAGGAUGGGAGCUUGUUCUAAUGACUAAGCUAACACCCUUUUGUAUUUGUUCCCUGGAUCUAAUUAAGACAAAACCACUUUUGUGAUAAAGUUAGAUAAUAGAGUUAAGAAAUACAGGUUAUUGGCAAAUGCAGGUUAUGAGUUCACAAAGUUUUGAUAUUACCAUGUAUAAGAUAAAACUGGAUUUUACUAUUAUAUGUAGGCGUUACCCAGUAAGAUAGUUUAUUAUUAAUUAUGGAUUAUAUUCUACUCAGAAUAGAUCCAUUGAAAUUAAUGGCCCUAGGUUAGUCAUGCCCAUUAAUUUCAGUGACUCUCCUCUGAAGAGGACUUAAAGUUUGAUACAACCCUGUGUGUGAUAUUAAUUUGGGCAAUUUUGUAUAUGAAUAACCCUUGAUCCCACCCCGCAAUUUUUUCUACUUGUUAAGCUUUUGUUAAAUUGGACAAAAACCUGUGAGUGGGCUCCUUCUGGACGGAAGGACAGGAUAUAAAUUUAAGAAAUGAAGUGUGUGUGUGUUUUAAUUGGUUUAUUCCUUUUGCAAACCAACCUGGGAAUAUUAACUGAAGAUGGAAUAAAGAUCCAUGUGAUAUAUACAUAAAGGGUUGACUCCUAAUCACAUCCUUACUAGACAGUAAGCCUCAUUGAAAUCCAUGGGACACACGAGUAAACAGGAGUAUCAUGCCUCACACUUGAGCGUGCCCAGUUCCAAAGGCUCAAGAUGAGCAAUGAUAAAAUGUGUGUUUUUGUUUAAACUUAACUUCUCCCUGUUAAAAUGCCAAGAGGUAGUUGGAAGGGACCCUAUUCUUUCUUUUUUAAUCAGUGUAGCUUCUCUGAGAAUCUUUAUCUUUUAUUUUGUAAAGCUCAAUAAACUAUAAAUUUUCAAAUAUAUACAUACACACAUGAACACCCCAAUUUGUUGUUGUUAUGUGCCUCCAAGUCGACUACGACUUAUGGCCACCCUAUGAAUCAGCGACCUCCAAGAGCAUCUGUCAUGAACCACCCUGUUCAUAUCUUGCAAGUUCAGGUCUGUGGCUUCCUUUAUGGCAUCAAUCCAUCUCUUCUUUGGCCUUCCUCUUUUUCUACUCCCUUCUGUUUUUCCCACCAUUAUUGUCUUUUCCAGUGAAUCUGGUCUUCUCAUGAUGUGUCCAAAGUAUGAUAACCUCAGUUUCAUCAUUUUAGCUUCUAGGGACAGUUCUGAUUUAAUUUGUUCUAACACCCAAUUAUUUGUCUUUUUCACAGUCCAUGAUAUCCGCAAAGCUCUCCUCCAACAGCACAUUUCAAAUGAGUUGAUCUUUCUCUUAUCUGCUUUUUUCAUUGUCCCAACUUUCACAUCCAUACCCCAAUAAUAAAUAGGCCAAGUCCUAUCCAGUAUAUUUCAGUGUAUACCAGACACCUUUUAACAUAAAAGUCUUCAUCUGUGGUCUAAUUAACAACAAUGAAACAAACACAACAAAUCUGUUGUUUAAAAAAAAACCCAGAAAAACUUCAUUAACAGGCCAGCACUUGCAGAAUACAAAACAAUAAGCUGAAAUUCAACAAGGGGCGUUGACCCUUGCAUUUAAAACAGGUGGCUGACCCUCCAGAUGUUGCUGGACUCCAUCCCCCAUCCCUGACCACUGGACAUGCUGGCUGCCAGGAUUUGGAGUCCAACAACAUCUGGAGGGCCACAGGUACACCCCAUCCCUGAUUUAAAAAUGCCAGCUUUCUGCAUUUUAUUUAUUGUGCUGCAUGUACAGAGCCAAGUCCUCAGUGGCCACUAGAUGGCAGGGCUGAUGUGCGAAAAGGAAAGCAGCUCAUCUCCAGAGUUAGCUUUGGGCUUAUCCACAUGGGAGCAUUUCUUUGUAGCAAAUACACAGCUUUUACAAUCAUAAUAGAUUUGCACUGUCAACACUUCCUCUGGGAAGGAUUAGUGUCGCUGUUUCUUUCUGGCCCUGCCCUCUAAUUUUGCAUUUUUACUCCCUCUGGUUUCUCAGUUACUGGGCAUGUGCAAAUAUUUUUGACCUGCGCAGUAUUUCUACUCCUUCCUGCCCCCAUCGCUUCCUGAAGUUUGGCAGAUGAAAAGAAAGUGGGGUCAUCUGCUCUCUGCUCUUCUUCCUUUUCCCAGCUCACCAUUGCUGAUCUUUCAGUCAUGCAAGCAGCCCUCUCCUACCUUUUACACUAGUGUGUUAGGAGGAGAUAAUGUAUUUUGGGAGUUGAUGAGAAGUGGGGUCACCAUGCGGCACCUCUUCUCCCUGGUCCUUCAUAGGGAUGAGAUCCUCUCCUUUUUUUAUGUUCAGGUUUUAAGUGUGGCCCCCUGGUGGUUGUUAAUGAUCCUUUUCCUUUCAGUAUCUUACCAUUUUUCCAAUCUUCUGCGUAAUUUUUUGUUUUGCUUUGUGGAGAAUUGUCCGUAUUAUAAUCAAUAUUUAUGAAUUUCCACUGGUAUAAAUGUUUAUUCUCAACUCUGUAAUGAUAGAAAAUACAUCGAUAAAAGUAUUGAUCCUAUUAUCAAUGAUUUCAAAGUGAUUUUAAAAAAAAAGGAAUCGGGGCGAAUCGGAAACCAGGUGCGCAGAGAUAUUAUUUCAAAAUUCUCUCAGAAUGGUAAAAUCCGAUGGCAAUUCUGAUUAGCAUUACUGUGGAAACAGAGCCCAUCACUAGUCUGUUACAAGAAGAUAUUUUGA